GAAAUUCUAGCAGGUGAUGGCACCUAGAAGCACAAUGCCUAGAGGCUAGAGUGGUCCAAGUUAAGGUCUCACAAGAUACAAACAAAGAUCUACCUGGCAUUAGCAACCAAAUUGUUCAUCUUUUGAACAUUUACCAGAGAUAGAAGACAAAACAGCUCAAUUUAUGUGAGCCAUACACGAAUAUGCUGGCAGUGGCAUCAAAGACUACCUUUGUUAUUUAUCGUAUAGAAGUUAAACAAGUAGCAACGUGAAAGGGUGUCAGCAGAAUGCUGCCAGAUCGAAGCCCACCACCAUCAGUACAUUUAGACAAAAGCAAAUGCAGAAUAUUGACCUGGAUGCAAGUUGCACCAAACACAACACAUCUGUUAGAAUGGGUGAGAGUAGAGGAAGCAUCGCCUUCUUCACGAGCUACAGGCCGCCAGUGCCCCUGGACAUAUUCUGCUGUCCAGUUCCAGCGUCAUCAAAGCUGGACGAGCUGCACUUGACGGACGGCUUGUCGUACAACUACAACGGCCAAACUGUUCCACCAGAAGCUCUCAAGACGAUUGUCAAGCGCCUAGAGUUGGCACCACAAGCCGCGAUAGAAGCCGACAUCGAUUCGGGCCGUCUCACCGGCUUGAUCUUUGUCUCCGAAAGGCAACACAACCUUGAAACACUCCAGAUAGCCCUGCGCUCUAAUGAUGACGGCGAAGUCAAGGUCUUCACCUUGGCUGACAUCUAUGGCACUGAGUUGUUCGGUGGUGCCCGUCUGGAGGACAGUGGCUGCAUUGCUGGUGGCUACGAGUUGGACGGUCAAACGUCUGACCAUUACCUUGUCUAUGUGUCCACCAAGGAGCCCGUGCAAGAACGCCGUAGCCCCUGGAAUGUCGUCUAUAAAACUAAUCUUGGGACAGGCGAAACUGAGCGCCUCACUCCACCAGGGACGUUUGAUUUAAGUCCCUCUGUGUCACCAUCUGGGAAGAGGGUAGCAGUGGCUUCUUACCAAGGAAAGAAAUGGGAUGGGGAAAUUAAGGACUUGCCGACCAGCAUUUACGUGAUGAGCAUAGAGACCCCAUCUCUGGAUCGCGAGCGGGUGAUCGAGAACGGUGGCUGGCCAACAUGGGGAAGCGAGACAGUAAUAUUCUUCCACAGAUUGACAGGGGAGAACUGGGGUGUGUUUCGGUAUGACUUGAGCACCGGCGAGACCAUCCGCGUGACCCCGGAAGCAUUCGAUGCGAUGACUCCAGCAGCCAUUGAUGAAACAAGAGUGGCUGUGGCAACUAUCCGCCAGAAAUCUGUGUUCUUUGAUGUUCGUGUUGAAGCGCAGUAUCGUCAUAUCGAGGUUUUUGAUAUGAGUUCCCCAGAAAAAUCACUGCAAAUCACUCACUACACCAAGCCAAAAGGCGACCAUUACAACCCCUUUGUGAUGGACAGUGGCAAGUACAUUGGCUACCAUCGUUGCCAAAGCGACCAUCUCCAGCAUGGAGAUGAUGUCCCGAGACAAUUCAACAAGCUGCUGUCCCCACACGAAGAUGUUGGACUGUUUCGGGUUGCGGGUGCGUUCCCAGCCUUUUCCAAAGAUGGCUCUAAGCUUGCAUUUGUUGAUAACGAGUUCAAAUCCGUGUGGUUGGCCGAUAGCGAUGGAAUGCGUGUUGUCUUUGAGACAGAUGGCCCCAAUGGCAUCUUCUCACCAGUUUGGAACCAAAAGAAGGACAUAUUGUAUGUGUGUAUGGGACCGUCUUUCAAACCCAACGAAACGUUGGAGAUCUACGCCAUCCCCCAUGUAUCGAGUGGUGCACGAGAGCGGCGGCUGCUCACAAAGGGGAAAUUCAACAAUGCGUUCCCAUCCACCAAUCCAGAAGGGACAAAACUUGUUUUCCGAUCAACGAAGCAUGGAGGAGACAAGAAGUACAAGAGUCUAUACAUAAUGGACGCAGAAGUUGGGGAGGACGCAGGCGAAGCGGAACGGCUGACAGAAGGUGAUUGGACUGACACACACUGUCAAUGGUCUCCGAACAAAGAUUGGAUCGUGUUCUCAUCAAACCGCGACAGGCCCGCAGACGCGCCGGAGCGCGACCAUGGCCUGGACCCGGGUUACUUUGCUGUUUACCUAAUGAAUGCAAGCGACCGCUCGGUGGUGAGGGUGCUCAGGAGUGGUUACGACCUCUCUGGUCACGUGAACCACCCGGUCUUCAGUCCAGAUGGUCGAAGCAUCGCCGUGACGGCAGACCUUGCCGCGGUGUCCGCUGACCCGAUAUCACUGCCGAUCUUCUUCAACUCGGUAAGGCCCUAUGGUGACAUCUUCACCGUUGACAUCGACCCGGAUGACAUGGAGAAGAACCAGGAUGUGGAGAAUUUUUCCCGUGUCACACACAGCAAAUACGAGAAUUCCACUCCCGCCUGGACAGUGUUCUCGACUGAUGACCCGCAUGCGCAAUGGAACCUCCUGGUCAUGGAGGACAAUUACACCCCGUCAUGUCCGUACGCGCAUCAUGAUGGAGGUGAAAGUUGGCACAUGACCGGUCAGAUCUGCACUCCGAAAAGGGUCUGUUGAUUUUCGCCGUUGUGCCGGAAUGGCUAGAUUUUCCAAUGCCCCUUCGGGGUUAUUUUUGUUUCUUACAAGUUGGAAUUUUUGUUUGGGCUGCUGAAAAUUUGCAUUGUACACGUCUCAUCUCGCUGAAAUAAAGUUUGCCAGAUUCAUUUUCAUCAUAA